AUGACUGACUCUCUUAUUCAUUCUGUCGCUGGGGCUACUGGUGGAAUCGUUGCAAUGACUGCAACAUAUCCGCUAGUUUUCUUGUCAACCCGUGCAGCUGUCAAGGUUAAGAGCGAGAACAAAACAACGUAUGAAGCGGUAUUAGAAAUCAUAGAGAGAGAAGGGGUAUCCGGGCUCUAUAGCGGCCUAAGCUCUAGUCUGCUUGCUAUUGCCGUCACGAACGGGGUUUAUUAUUACUUUUAUGAACGUACGCGAGGGUUGGUCUUGAAGUCAAGGGUUGGGAGCAAAGGAAUGAGCACCCUGGAGUCAAUGUUAACCGGAUUGAUAGCAGGUUCUGCAACAGCGAUAUUGAGCAAUCCGUUAUGGGUCAUUCAAACCACUCAGGCUGUCCAGACAAUGGAUUCUUGGUCUCAACGGGUGGUGAAGAAACUGGGGUUUUUCCAAGCCAUCAAGAACAUCCUCGCAAAAUCCAGGGUCCAAGGCUUUUGGCGGGGAAUUGGACCUGCCCUUGUCCUUACAGUCAAUCCCAUCAUUCAGUAUACAGUGUUCGAACAGCUCAAGAAUUUCCUUGUUUCAAAACGAAUGGCAAGACUUCGCGCUGCUGGCACUGUAGUGUCAGCAACGGUUGUGUUGUCAGACUUUGAUUUCUUUGUCCUCGGUGCGAUUUCGAAGCUUGUAGCAACGCUAACAACAUAUCCAUACAUGUGGGUUUAUACCUUGUCUAUCAAUUCUCUCACCUACCCGUAUUUCCACUUAGCGUUGUCAAGAGUAGGCUUCAAGCGGGAAGCACAAAAUACAAGUCUUCUAUCGAUGGGCUCAGUACGAUUCUCAAGGAGGAAGGAGUCCAGGGACUCUGGAAAGGUGCCGGUAGUAAACUUAUCCAAAGCGUACUUACCGCUGCCAUUCUCUUCGCUGCACAGAGAAGAAUUUAUCAGGUUACGAAAACAGCUCUAACUGUCCCUGUCUCCAAAUAAGAUACCUUUAGUAUGUAUCAUGAGGCCUAUGUGUAGUUGGGAAUCGGGAGAAAAAUGUAGACCACGAGAAGACACUUUGCAAUUGAUUGUUUCCACGCUCUUUCAUUCUA